UAUUCUCCAGUGAUAAUAUAAAAGCGAUCGAGUCCUCGCCUUGAGUAAAAACUAAAAAUAUUCUUCAGGGCAAAAUCGGGAAAUUGAAGAAAACAAAGAAGUCUCGAUCUCAAUAGAGUUGUGAACUCUCUCUCUUUGUUUCUUUGAAAAAUCUUCUUCUCAUCAUCAUCGUCAUAUGUUUGGCGUGUCAAUUUGGAGAAGAAUUUCAGAUCUUAAAAUCUCAAAAGUAUAAUAAUUAACCACUAGUUCUCUUAGACGGAGGACAACCAUGGCUGCAUCAGAAGAGACCAGCUCGUUGUUCCCGAUCUUCAUUUUGACUAUAAUGGCACUGCCUUUAGUGCCUUACACUAUAGUCAAGUUGUGUCGUUUUGCCUCCAAGAAGGCAAAAAGCAUACACUGUCAGUGCGCUGUGUGUGCACGCUCUGGGAAAUAUCGGAAGUCGAUAUUCAAAAAGAUCUCUAAUUUUUCAACAUGGAGCAACAUGACAGUUGUGUUGCUUUGGGUCAUUAUGGGCUUCUUGGUUUAUUACAUUCAACAAAUAAGCCGUGAGAGCCAACCGUUCGACCCAUUCAGUAUUCUUGGGUUAGAAUCUGGAGCCUCAGAGUCAGACAUAAAGAAGGCAUACAGAAAGCUUUCCAUUCAAUAUCAUCCUGAUAAAAACCCAGAUCCAGAGGCCAAUUUAUAUUUUGUGGAGUUCAUAUCAAAGGCUUAUCAGGCCUUGACAGAUCCAGUAUCCCGUGAGAAUUAUGAAAAGUAUGGUCAUCCAGAUGGGAGACAGGGAAUGCAAAUGGGAAUUGCUCUUCCUUCAUUUUUACUAAAUAUUGACGGAGCAUCUGGUGGAAUACUGUUGCUUGGAAUUGUUGGAGUCUGUAUUCUUUUGCCCCUGGUGAUGGCUGUUAUAUAUCUCGCAAGGUCAUCGAAGUAUACUGGGAACUAUGUCAUGCAUCAAACGUUGUCUAGUUAUUAUUACUUCAUGAAACCUUCCUUGGCCCCAAGCAAAGUUAUGGAUGUCUUCAUUAAAGCUGCCGAGUACAUGGAAAUUCCAGUUCGUCGGAGUGAUGCAGAACCUCUUCAGAAAUUGUUCAUGUUGGUUAGGAGUGAGUUAAACUUAGACCUUAAGAAUAUUCGACAAGAACAGGCAAAGUUUUGGAAGCAGCACCCUGCACUUGUUAAGACAGAAUUGUUGAUUCAGGCUCAGCUUACUCGUGAAUCAGCAGAAUUGCCAUCUACUCUUCAAGCUGAUUUUAAAAAAGUGCUUGAAAUCGCACCUAGCCUCCUUGAAGAACUGAUGAAAAUGGCGGUGAUUCCACGCAAUCAGCAAGGACAUGGCUGGUUGAGGCCUGCAAUUGGUGUUGUUGAGCUUUCUCAGAGUAUCAUUCAGGCUGUUCCUCUUAGUGCCAGAAAAGCAACAGGAUCUGGGGAUGGCAAUGCACCCUUUUUGCAGUUGCCACAUUUUAGUGAGGCUGUUAUCAAGAAAAUCGCACGCAAGAAGGUGCGCUCGUUCCAAGAACUACAGGACAUGACCGAGAUGGAGCGUGCGGAGCUAUUGACACAGAUUGCUGGAUUCACGCCUGCUGAAGUACAAGACGUUGAAAUAGUCCUUGAAAUGAUGCCUUCAAUAACAAUUGAGAUCAUCUGUGAAACCGAAGGUGAAGAGGGUAUACAAGAAGGUGAUAUCGUCACAAUGCAAGCGUGGGUCACACUCAAACGCAGGAAUGGCCUAGUUGGUGCACUACCCCAUGCUCCCUACUUCCCAUUUCACAAGGAAGAGAACUUCUGGUUGCUUCUUGCGGACUCUGUCUCUAAUGAGGUUUGGAUGUCCCAAAAGGUCAGUUUCUUGGAUGAAGCAGCAGCCAUUGCAGCCGCCUCGAAAGCAAUUCAAGAGACAAAGGAGGGUUCAGGAGCAACCGUAAAGGAGAUAAGCUCUGCGGUUAGAGAAGCUGUGGCGAAAGUGAAAAGUGGGUCGAGGUUGGUUAUGGGGAAAUUUCAGGCCCCUGCAGAAGGGAACUAUAAUCUUACGUCAUUUUGCUUGUGCGAUACUUGGAUUGGAUGUGACAAGAAAACCAAUCUGAAGUUAAAGGUAUUAAAACGAAGCCGAGCUGGAUCUAGAGGAGGUGCAAUUGCAGAAGAAGGACCAGCUGUAGAGGAUGGUAUUGAGGAAGACGAAGAUGAGGAGGAAGAGGAAUAUGAUGAUUAUGAAAGCGAGUACAGUGAUGACUCUGAAAAUGAACAGGAUACAAAGAAAAAGGGGGUGGUGGCUAAUGGUACUGAACAUGAAAAAGGAAGUGAGUCUAGUUCUGAAGAAGGCUCAAGCUCUGACGAAGAGUAGAACACACUUUAAUCUCCUAUUGAUAGAAAGAUUUAGGUAUUUGCCUUUCGCGUCAUCCCCUGUCUAGUUUUGGGUGGAUGACCUCGGCUUCCAACACAACAAAAUAGUUUUUUGAAUUUGAUGUAGUGUUAUUUUACGUUUUUGGUACUACAAAUAAUAAUAAGCAAAUUUAGGUUUUAUUGCUUAAGUGAGAGUUUUACAACGUUUUAUUGCUCAAGUGAGAAUAAUAAGCAAAUUUUCUCCGCCGGUACUCUGUUGCACCCUAUUAUGUAUUGAAUCAGAUCAUCCUUCAU